AUGAACAAUAUUGAAAUUUUAUAGAAACUUUUAAUUGAAGAAAUCAUAUAAAAAGAAUAUAGUUAAGAGGAAUUUGAAUAAUAUGUACAAGUCUAAGCACCUGAUAAAGGUAAAUUUUAUUCAAUCAUUAUAGAGGAUCUAUCAUAAUGGAAUUAUGAUGACUUAAAAAAAUGUAUUGUUUAAUUUCAAUCAUUAAAAAAAAAUUAAAAAUAAACCUUAAUUUAAGAUAACGAAAUUUAAGGAUUCUAAAAUAUUGAUGAAAAAUUAUACUCAGUUAUUGUGACAAAUUAACAUAAAAUCUAUAUUGUAUAAUUCUAUAACAAAAAAUAGGAUAAUAUCACUUUGGAUCCUUAUGAAAAAGUUAUUAAAUGCUAAUUAGAAAAGUAUCUUUUUGAAAAUGAUGUUGAAUUAUAAUUUUAAAUUUCUCAGUAUACAACUAUAAUGAUUAUUUAGCCCUUAGGAAAUAAGAGAUUCAGGUUUAUGGUCUUUUAUUACUUUUAAAAAUGUUGUUAUCUUUUAAAUUUAAACAUUUCCGAUGCAAUGGAAGGUUUCAAGAACAUUAUAGGAAUUUGCAGAAUGGAGAAAUAUUAUAUGUUAAUACUUUCCUGAAAAAAUUGUAAAUCAAUUAUUUAUUAAUUAGAUUCCAAGGUUCCCCUAUGGAGGAUUAACAAAAUUAGAAGAAAUCCUUCCAAAAAAUAGAGGAAAUUAUUCUCUCAAUAAAAGUAAUUUAUUUUUUAAAUUAGAAUUUACUCUCAAUUUAUAAUAAAAUACCUAUUAUUAGAACAAUAUAACCAUGUUUAUGGUUUAUUAAUGAAGUAAAUGAUUAAUUGCUUCAGAAAAAGCUAAAAGAUGAAUUGUAUAGAGAAAAAAGAUAUAAUUUAUAAUAAAAAUAGACUAAAACUGGAGAAAUUAAUGUCUCUCUAACUUUUGAUGGUUACAAAAAAUUCUUAGAGUAAUCUUCCUAUCCAAAAAAUGCUAUAAAUAUCCUCAAUCAAGUAAUUUUUAAUAUGAAUGAAUUUUUAACUUGUCAAAAAAAAUCUUAAGAAUACUUAGGAAAUGCUGCUUCAUGUUUGUUUGAGCUAACUAAUACUUUACCAAAAUAUCCUGAAUAAAGUAGCCUUAUAGAGUACAUCAAUCUAAUAAAUGAUCAUUUUAAUUAAAUAAUUUAUGAAAUAGAGGAUUCAUGUGCAUUACUUGAUAAUCAUUUAAAAUUGACAUUUGUUAAAAUAUUAGGAAGCCAUUAAUCUUAUAUAAGAUUNUACAAGUCUAAGCACCUGAUAAAGGUAAAUUUUAUUCAAUCAUUAUAGAGGAUCUAUCAUAAUGGAAUUAUGAUGACUUAAAAAAAUGUAUUGUUUAAUUUCAAUCAUUAAAAAAAAAUUAAAAAUAAACCUUAAUUUAAGAUAACGAAAUUUAAGGAUUCUAAAAUAUUGAUGAAAAAUUAUACUCAGUUAUUGUGACAAAUUAACAUAAAAUCUAUAUUGUAUAAUUCUAUAACAAAAAAUAGGAUAAUAUCACUUUGGAUCCUUAUGAAAAAGUUAUUAAAUGCUAAUUAGAAAAGUAUCUUUUUGAAAAUGAUGUUGAAUUAUAAUUUUAAAUUUCUCAGUAUACAACUAUAAUGAUUAUUUAGCCCUUAGGAAAUAAGAGAUUCAGGUUUAUGGUCUUUUAUUACUUUUAAAAAUGUUGUUAUCUUUUAAAUUUAAACAUUUCCGAUGCAAUGGAAGGUUUCAAGAACAUUAUAGGAAUUUGCAGAAUGGAGAAAUAUUAUAUGUUAAUACUUUCCUGAAAAAAUUGUAAAUCAAUUAUUUAUUAAUUAGAUUCCAAGGUUCCCCUAUGGAGGAUUAACAAAAUUAGAAGAAAUCCUUCCAAAAAAUAGAGGAAAUUAUUCUCUCAAUAAAAGUAAUUUAUUUUUUAAAUUAGAAUUUACUCUCAAUUUAUAAUAAAAUACCUAUUAUUAGAACAAUAUAACCAUGUUUAUGGUUUAUUAAUGAAGUAAAUGAUUAAUUGCUUCAGAAAAAGCUAAAAGAUGAAUUGUAUAGAGAAAAAAGAUAUAAUUUAUAAUAAAAAUAGACUAAAACUGGAGAAAUUAAUGUCUCUCUAACUUUUGAUGGUUACAAAAAAUUCUUAGAGUAAUCUUCCUAUCCAAAAAAUGCUAUAAAUAUCCUCAAUCAAGUAAUUUUUAAUAUGAAUGAAUUUUUAACUUGUCAAAAAAAAUCUUAAGAAUACUUAGGAAAUGCUGCUUCAUGUUUGUUUGAGCUAACUAAUACUUUACCAAAAUAUCCUGAAUAAAGUAGCCUUAUAGAGUACAUCAAUCUAAUAAAUGAUCAUUUUAAUUAAAUAAUUUAUGAAAUAGAGGAUUCAUGUGCAUUACUUGAUAAUCAUUUAAAAUUGACAUUUGUUAAAAUAUUAGGAAGCCAUUAAUCUUAUAUAAGAUUAUGCUAAAAUGUUUAUGAGAUUAGAAAUAAGUUUGUGUAAGAUUAUAAUAUAUUAAAUAAAAAAAAGGAAGAUCAUAUUAAAAAUAAUGAUAUUAAAAUAGUUGCCUAAAAAGUGAUAUAAUAAAACAAAUUCGAUCAAUCUGAAUUAGAUAAACUAUUAGCUGAUACUGAAUAUUUGAAAAGCUUUCUUUAUAUUUAAGAAGCUUAAUAGAAUUAAUAACUUUAAGAUCAAUUAGUGUAUAUGAUACAAUAAUUUUCUAAGGCUAUGGAUGAAUAAUUUAAGACUGACUUGUUUAAGGUUGCAGCGAACUUUGGAGGAUUUCUAUAUGCAAAAUAAAAGCUCUGCUAAAAAUAUGUAAGUUUAUUUCUAUAUUAAUUAGACUGAGUAAUGGAAAGAAUUAGUUAACAAAUAUGAAAUAGUUAAAAGCAAAUAAAAUUGAAUAUAUUUAUUAUCAAAUAUAAAUAGAAAAACUAUCAUUGUUUAAUUAAUAUUUUUAAAAUGCAACAAAAUAUUUAAGAUUUAUAAAAUCUGCUUCAAUAAGAAAUAAUAGAAAAAAUUAUGAUCAGGAAAAGUUUGAAAAUCUUGCAAAUGAAAGAUAUCCUGAUAAAGGUAUAUUUUUUUGUAAUCUAAAGAUGAUUUAUCAUGUUGGACUUUAGAUGAAUUACAAAAAUUAAUCAAUGAAUUUUAAGAUUAAUAAAAUAAUAUCAUUAUGAAUUAAGGUCUUGAAAAUCAAAAUCAAUAAUAAGUAAAAGAUUGUUAACUUAUUGAUCUAGAGAAAUUAGCAAAUAUAGAAUGAAGCUAUUUAAAAUGAUUCUUAAUAAUCUGUCCAAAUCAUAUAAAAAAAAAGUAGAUUAGUACCUAGAAAAAAGUCAUAUUAAAUAUUUAAUAACACAAUUACUAAGGAGGAAGCAUAAAAAAAAGGUUUUAAUGAAGAAUAAAUUUAGAUCUUAUCUUAAAUUUUAGAAGAAAGAUCUCAAAUAAAUCUUGUAAUUAUUCUUUUAUGAUAUUAGGAUAAUUAAAUAAUAUUUUAGGAAUAUCAAAAAUAAAUUAAAUGCAAUCUUAUAUAAUACUAUAUUGAAAAAGAUAUAGAACUUAACUUCAAAAUAACUUANCCAAAAUAUCCUGAAUAAAGUAGCCUUAUAGAGUACAUCAAUCUAAUAAAUGAUCAUUUUAAUUAAAUAAUUUAUGAAAUAGAGGAUUCAUGUGCAUUACUUGAUAAUCAUUUAAAAUUGACAUUUGUUAAAAUAUUAGGAAGCCAUUAAUCUUAUAUAAGAUUAUGCUAAAAUGUUUAUGAGAUUAGAAAUAAGUUUGUGUAAGAUUAUAAUAUAUUAAAUAAAAAAAAGGAAGAUCAUAUUAAAAAUAAUGAUAUUAAAAUAGUUGCCUAAAAAGUGAUAUAAUAAAACAAAUUCGAUCAAUCUGAAUUAGAUAAACUAUUAGCUGAUACUGAAUAUUUGAAAAGCUUUCUUUAUAUUUAAGAAGCUUAAUAGAAUUAAUAACUUUAAGAUCAAUUAGUGUAUAUGAUACAAUAAUUUUCUAAGGCUAUGGAUGAAUAAUUUAAGACUGACUUGUUUAAGGUUGCAGCGAACUUUGGAGGAUUUCUAUAUGCAAAAUAAAAGCUCUGCUAAAAAUAUGUAAGUUUAUUUCUAUAUUAAUUAGACUGAGUAAUGGAAAGAAUUAGUUAACAAAUAUGAAAUAGUUAAAAGCAAAUAAAAUUGAAUAUAUUUAUUAUCAAAUAUAAAUAGAAAAACUAUCAUUGUUUAAUUAAUAUUUUUAAAAUGCAACAAAAUAUUUAAGAUUUAUAAAAUCUGCUUCAAUAAGAAAUAAUAGAAAAAAUUAUGAUCAGGAAAAGUUUGAAAAUCUUGCAAAUGAAAGAUAUCCUGAUAAAGGUAUAUUUUUUUGUAAUCUAAAGAUGAUUUAUCAUGUUGGACUUUAGAUGAAUUACAAAAAUUAAUCAAUGAAUUUUAAGAUUAAUAAAAUAAUAUCAUUAUGAAUUAAGGUCUUGAAAAUCAAAAUCAAUAAUAAGUAAAAGAUUGUUAACUUAUUGAUCUAGAGAAAUUAGCAAAUAUAGAAUGAAGCUAUUUAAAAUGAUUCUUAAUAAUCUGUCCAAAUCAUAUAAAAAAAAAGUAGAUUAGUACCUAGAAAAAAGUCAUAUUAAAUAUUUAAUAACACAAUUACUAAGGAGGAAGCAUAAAAAAAAGGUUUUAAUGAAGAAUAAAUUUAGAUCUUAUCUUAAAUUUUAGAAGAAAGAUCUCAAAUAAAUCUUGUAAUUAUUCUUUUAUGAUAUUAGGAUAAUUAAAUAAUAUUUUAGGAAUAUCAAAAAUAAAUUAAAUGCAAUCUUAUAUAAUACUAUAUUGAAAAAGAUAUAGAACUUAACUUCAAAAUAACUUAAAUAGAAAAAACAAGAAAACCUACAGUAUUUUCUAUUGAAACGUUACCAUAUAAUUGGAAAGUUGAAAGAACUAAAGAAGAUUUUAAGACAUUGGAAAAAAUGCUGUAAAUUUAUCUACCAGAGUACACAGGUUAUAUAAUUUAAUAUAAUGGAUAAUAAAAAAUUGAAAAACAUUUCGAGGUAUUUAGUAUUUUAUUAAAUCAGAAUGCAUUAAGAAUUUAUUAUAAUAAACCAAAAACUAGAUCUCUUAUUUAUUUCUUGUUGUUUUUAAAUGAUAAUUCCUCCUAAAAAUUUCAUGUAAAACCUUUUAGUUAUUAUUCAUAAAAUGAAAAUAAUAUUAAAAAAUUUAACCUAAAUCAAAUACCUACUUAAUCAGGUUUGUUGAAUAUUGAAUUUAAUUAAUAGAAUUAUUAAAAUUACAAAAAUUUGUAAGCAUUUUAAACAAGCUUGUCUAAAGGCUGUUUAGAUUUAGAAAAACAAUUUUAAUAAUCUUUACAUAUAAUAAAUUAGGAAACUUUAAAAAUGAAGCUCUAAUUAUAAGAUUUUUAGAAAUCAACUAAGAAUGAAGUAGUUUUUAUAGAUUUAUAUUUAGUUCAUCUAAAAUUUUUAAUCAUAAAAUAUGCCAGAAUCUAGUCUUAAAAUAUUUUUUAAUAAUAUGACUGUUGCUUUGUAAAUAAGUGAUUAAAUCUAACAAUUUUUUUCUAAUAGCAUAUUUUCAAUUCAAGAUAAAAUACUUGAGACAGUUAAAAUUUUAGAAUAGCCAUUAAUAAAGUGUUAGGGAAUCUCAGAAAAUAUCAAAAAUAUUUAUUUUAAUGAAUUCACACCAACAAAAAAAAAGUUUUUGAAACAGAUAGAUAUUCAGAAUUUUUUAAAUUAAUAUGGAAUAUAAUAAAAUUCUAUUUCAUAUUAUUAAUAUGAAAUCUUGUCAUCAAUAAUUAGGGACAUAUUUCCAUUAUAAGUUGAUUUAAGUUUUGAAUAUCUUCAACAAGAAAAAGAUUAAUAUGCAUAUUUAAUUUUUCAAAUACUUCAAGAGGGUUAAACAUGUUAUUAAAAACUAUUUAAAGACAUUAAUUUCAUUUGUACGAAAAAUUUUGAAGUACUUGCUGGAGAAAUCUCCAAAAUUUGUAAAAAUUGA